AUGAUCGAUACCUAUGGAGGAUCAUAUAAUCCUUCAUUUGUGUUUAACCUUCCUCCGACCAUAUCCCCGAACCCUUUAUUCUCAGGACAAAUCAUCGAUUUCAUUUUGGCUCAAUAUGAACCUGUAUUGGAGAUGGUAUUUUUCCGACCAACCCGGGAAAUGCUCGACUUUGCACGACAAAAACUUAUCGUGCGGUUACAAGAGUCCAACCUGACACAUUGGUCAAUGUACAUCGGAGCGCGCAUCUUUCAAGCGUUGAUGAAAUACGGGAAACGGGCUGAUCUACGGUUUCUCGAGAAAUGUGUGCAGAGAAUGGGAGAACAUGUUUGUUCCCAAACUACGAGGGAUGGGUCAUUAACUGGAGCGUUACAUGCCCUGUCUGGAGGACUAGAAUCGAAGCAUUUACAUCCACAAACUACGAACUCGGUCGGUUCGUAUUCAUCGACGCGGUCACAUUUUAUCCUCGGCGUUGCCCCCACGAUCGCCUACGACACCACGAUGCCUGUCGUUCGAACUCCAAUCGAGUGCAACGGACUUCCGGGGUCUAUACACCCUACCGAGUGGAUGCAUGGGUCUCCCAUCGAGCUUACGGCGCUCAUCAUCAAAAUUAGCCUCUGGCGGGCCAAGCACCCAGAUAUCCAAUGCGCCCCCGAGUCGACCUGGAAACCGCUCGAGAUUGAAGCGUGGGCCUGGGCACCGAGGGUCGCCAGCCCGGGCGCCCUCAACGAGCCGAAUCAGAUGGUAAUCAGGAUGGCUGUACAAGAAGGAUGGCGCCACGCUGGAUUGAUUUACCUUUACAUGGGAAUGUGUGGAUGUAUGAGCGACGAUCCGCGCGUCCAGGCCUCGGUUCGCCAAAUCGUACAGCUGUUACAGAUUCUCCAGCCCGAUCUGACUACGAGGUCCCAUUACUUCAUUCCUUGCCUUAUUGCUUCUAUAUGCACACCCUCUGAGAAACACCGCACAGAGCUGCGUAAUGCGUUUGUCAAGGUCGAGGAGCACUUGCCUUGGCUCUUCCGAGCGCUCGAUUACAGGAAUCUGGUCGACCAUUUAUGGCACGGUGCUGCGGCAGGUGGGAAGCCUGUCAGGUGGGAGGAUUAUAUUAACUCGAGGAGGGCAGUUAUGCCUAUUGAUUAA